UACCAAUCAAGGCCAUAAAGAAAUGGUCUUCCACGUAGACUAGCUUUACCUUGGAGAAGGGAGAGAAGGCGAAAGAAAUGGUGGCGUUGAAGCUCCAGAAGCGUAUCGCAGCCUCAGUGCUCAAGUGCGGAAAGGGCAAAGUAUGGCUCGACCCAAACGAAGGCAACGACAUCGCCAUGGCCAACUCUCGCCAAAACAUAAGGAGGCUAGUGAAUGAUGGAUUCAUCAUCAAGAAGCCAACAAAGAUCCACUCACGCUCCAGAGCACAACGCAUGAAGAUCGCCAAGAUGAAGGGACGUCACUCUGGUUACGGUAAGAGGAAAGGUACCAGGGAGGCGAGGCUGCCGACUAAAGUUUUGUGGAUGAGGAGGAUGAGAGUGUUGAGGCGUCUUCUCAAGAAGUACCGUGAGUCCAAGAAGAUUGACAGGCACAUGUACCAUGACAUGUACAUGAAGGUGAAGGGGAACGUUUUCAAGAACAAGCGUGUGUUGAUGGAGAGUAUCCAUAAGUCCAAGGCUGAGAAGGCUAGGGAGAAGACUCUGUCUGAUCAGUUUGAGGCUAAGAGGGCUAAGAACAAGGCUAGUAGAGAGAGGAAACAUGCUCGUAGAGAGGAAAGACUUGCCAUGGGUCCUGGAGGAAAUGUACCUGCAGAGGACCCAGCUAAAAGGUCCAACAAGUGAGAAGAAGAAUAAGCUUUGUUCUUUAGUGACUUUUUCUUUAGCAGAUAAUUUUGGAACGUUUUUUUUUUGUGAUUUAGCUUUAUCAAACAAUUUAUCUGCGACACGUAUGAGUGUCUUCUUCAUUAGUUUUGUCAGCAGUUCGCUGUGUUUUAGUCUUCAAAUACUUUUUUAUUUCCUAUCAUCUCAGUAAUAUGUCCGUUCACAGGCUUA